AUGCCUAAAUACAUUCUAAAUGCCCUCCAAGAUGCCAAAACUGAAUUAGAAAUUGCGGGUACUAUCCAAGCCUUUGAAGUCAGUUAUGAGUUGGCUUAUAAGACUUGUCGAAAAAUACUUAGUUUGCGCGGAACCCAUGUUUAUACUUCCAAAGAAGUUUUUCGGAUAGCCGGUUUAGAAGGUCUAAUCCCCGAUGCCGAGGUCUGA